GUCACUGGAGGCAGCCGCUCCUUUUUUGGUAACCGUUUGACAGAUAAGAUUGUUUAUUAUUCAAAAUCAACAGAAAUGUGGUGACUUAUAAUAGUAAACAUUAGUGAAACAUAAAUAACGUCAAUGAUUAGUUCAACGAAAAGGAAAUAUGUACAUCCUGGUAUUUUUAUUAGUGUUUUUGAAGCUAUGUAACGGCGAUUCAGACGGCUAUUGUGGGACGUAUAAUAAUGGCAUUUGUAAGAAUUACAUAGGAUAUAAGAUAGUAUGGUACAAUAAUUCAGGGGCCUGGGCCAAUGAAGUUAUAACUAAGGCUUUAUGGACUGAAGUGAUCGAAACUUUGAAUGAACCAUGUCGAAAGGCAGCUGAAAAAUUGCUAUGUUUUUACGCUUUUCCGCAAUGUAAUGUGAAUGAAGCUUUACCACUAUGUCAGGAAGAUUGCAAAGCAGUGAAACAACAGUUUUGUUACAAGGAAUGGGCUCACGUUGAAGACAGAAAAAGUAACGGGUAUUUUUUUAAGUCACGCGGCCACUUCAGACUACCGGAUUGCGGAAAUCUACCAAAGUAUAUAGGAGAAAAUAACUUAACGUGUUCGUAUGCGGGGCUUUUAGAACUAAAAGAGGAUGAAGUGACUUAUGAUUGUAUUAAAGGUAGGGGGCGCUUCUACCAAGGGAAAGUUAAUGUGACGAAAAAUGGCUUGCCUUGUCAGCGGUGGGAUGUCCAAAAGCCUCAUUCUCACAAUAGCUCGCUUUUGGAUAUAUUCCCGGAAUUUAAAAAUCCAGAGAAUUAUUGCCGCAAUGUUGGCGGCGAAGAAAAGAAACCUUGGUGUUUCACCACUGAUCUUUCAGUGAGGUGGCAGCACUGUGAUAUCCCGAAAUGUUUAAAUUCAACGGCAGAAGAACAAGAAGAACCCGUGAUAUCAAUGGAUACUUACCUCUCCCCAUCUUUCCUCAUCGUCUCAUCUGUAAUAGGCCUUCUAGCAGUGAUUAUUUUAAUGUUGCUGAUUUUACUCUGUCAUCGAUUUCACAAACAUCGAUUAGGUUAUAACCCCACUGAAACAGCUGAAGUUAACAUAGAUUUGGAUAAGUUACCCAGCAAUAUGGCUUAUCACAGACACGGCGUCACACUCAACCCAAAACUAGAAAAAUUAGAAUUCCCUAGAAACGAUAUUAUUUAUAUUAAAGAUUUAGGACAGGGGGCCUUCGGACGCGUCUUUCAAGCCAAAGCUCCGGGACUGGUAUCCGGAGAAGAAUUCACUUUAGUUGCCGUGAAGAUGCUAAAAGAUGACGCUUCUGAAGACAUGCAAGACGACUUUGAAAAAGAGGCGUGUCUUUUAGCUGAAUUUGACCACCCGAAUAUUGUUAAAUUGCUUGGAGUGUGUGCCGUAGGCCGGCCUAUGUGUCUGCUAUUCGAAUUCAUGGGCAAAGGCGACCUCAACGAAUUUUUAAGGCAGUGCUCCCCUAGCAACUACGUGGUGCGCAGCGUGGUUGACGGCGAGUAUGGUGGGCGGGACGUGUUCAAGGACAACCAACUAAGCCACUUAGAACUCCUAGAUAUAGCUUUACAGAUCGCAUCCGGAAUGGUGUAUUUGUCGGAUCGAAAAUUCGUCCAUCGCGACUUGGCAACGAGAAACUGUCUAAUAAACGAAAAUAUGGUGGUGAAGAUCGCCGAUUUUGGCCUUUCACAGAAAAUUUAUUUACAAGAUUAUUACAAAGGGAGCGAACGGGACGCCAUUCCGGUUCGAUGGAUGCCUUUAGAGAGUAUUCUCUACAAUAAGUACACGCCGGAGUCCGACGUUUGGGCUUUCGGGGUGUGUCUGUGGGAGAUUUUUUCGUUUGCGUUGCAGCCGUACUUCGGCAUGACGCACGAGGAAGUUGUUAAGUUUUUAAAAGCUGGGAAUGUUUUAAGCAGUCCGGAAAGUACACCAGUUGCUAUAUAUCAAGUGAUGAAGGACUGUUGGGCCCAAAAACCAGCUGAUAGACCUAAUUUUCGCACGAUUCAUCAGACGCUCACGACGAUUCAAACCAACAUGCUCUCAAUGCCAAUGCAUUCUACAUAGUUUUUCGACGGUUUUUAGUUCCGGCAUUUUGUGAUAUGUAUAGUUUACAGAAUGAAAGUUUUUCAUUGCACGCUUAGGGAGUUUUUUUGUACCAAACCUGUGCAUAAGACUGAUUUUGUAUCCGUUUAGUUGGACUUUAUCAAGUAUCAGGGAGGAGACAAAUUGUUGAAAAUUCUUUUUAUUUGCGUAGAGGUUAUAUGUGUAUAAGUGUUGUGUGUUUUUAUCAUUCCUAUAAUAAGAGUGCUUGGUACUAUAUUUAUACCUAAGGAAGAAAACUAUGUUUAAUAUAAAAUGUUUUUUAAAUUUAAUACCUGUGACAAAUAAAAUUACUAAAAAACUAA